AUGUCGAUCUUCGAGUACAAUGGAAGUGCCGUUGUGGCUAUGGUAGGCAAGAACUGCUUCGCCAUCGCCAGUGAUCGAAGGCUCGGUGUGCAGCUACAGACAAUCGCCACUGAUUUCCAGAGAAUCUCUAAGAUCCACGAUCGCGUCUUCAUCGGCCUUUCUGGUCUCGCCACCGAUGUCCAGACACUGUACCAGCGCCUGGUGUUUCGUCAUAAGCUAUACCAGCUUCGGGAAGAGAGAGACAUGAAGCCUGAAACUUUCGCCAGUCUCGUCUCUGCCAUUCUUUACGAGAAGAGGUCAGUGCGUGUUUGGCCCUUACUUGUGCCAACCACACUUCUCUCGUCCGUUGACCGUGAUUGUCUGAGUGGUUGGGGAGGCCAUGUCUACGUUGUAACACCAACGGAGGUUAAAGAGAGGAUCCUAAAGGGAAGAAUGGAUUGA